ACUAAUAUCAGUGUGAAGACGUUUGCGCUUUUCCAACAGCCCAUCUAAAAGCUGCUACGGAGCUAUGGCAGCAUCGAAAUAAGUUUCAUAAAAAUAUUUUUCCCAAAACCAAAUUUCCACUUCGAAGGUACAUACAUACAGCAGUCACGAAAGACAACACAACACAGUGUCGAUUAGUUAUUUUGGUGUGUUGUUUGUUUUUGUAUUAUAUGUGCGAGUGUGUGCCACUACGAAAUAUCGACAAAGCGUAAGCACUUGUGAAUCAUAGCUAAAACCAUGGAUUACAAUAAAGCUCUGCUCGGACAGCCACAACAGGCUGGGUUUCAAUAUUUGCGCGAUGGACGUAACAUCAGUCUGGCCGAAAGUGUACCGGCUGAUAUUUACCAUAUGGUCGAUCCGUAUUGGUAUAAAUGGCAGCCGAUGGAGCAAAUUUGGUUUCACAUAAUUGGUUUUAUCAUCACCAUACUGGGUGUGAUGUCGCUGUCGGGCAAUUUUAUUGUCAUGUACAUAUUCACCUCAACACGUUCGCUACGUACGCCAUCGAAUAUUUUUGUGGUGAAUUUAGCAUUUUCCGAUUUCAUGAUGAUGUUCACCAUGUUUCCGCCAGUGGUGUUAAAUGGUUUCUACGGCACAUGGAUUAUGGGUCCGUUCCUAUGCGAAUUGUAUGGUCUAACCGGUUCGCUAUUCGGUUGUGUUUCGAUUUGGUCAAUGACAUUGAUCGCUUACGAUCGGUAUUGUGUGAUUGUGAAAGGUUUAUCACGCAAACCACUCACCACGACUGUCGCUGUUGUAAGACUGGUCUUCGUAUGGUGUAUUUGCGGUACGUGGGCUAUAUUGCCAAUGGUCGGCUGGAAUCGUUAUGUGCCGGAGGGUAAUAUGACCGCUUGUGGUACAGAUUACUUUGCCAAGGACUGGUUCAAUCGCUCGUACAUCAUCGUUUACUCGCUGUGGGUGUAUGCAACACCAUUGACGACGAUUAUCUUCUCGUAUUAUCACAUUAUGAAGGCCGUUUGGGCGCAUGAGAAAGCUAUGCGUGAUCAGGCGAAGAAAAUGAAUGUGGCCUCAUUGCGUAAUAGCGAGGCAGAUAAGGGCAAAUCUAUUGAAAUCAAGUUGGCCAAAGUAGCACUGGUCACAAUCUCGUUGUGGUUCCUCGCUUGGACACCAUACACGAUCAUCAACUAUGCGGGUAUAUUCGGCUCAAUGAAUCUCUCACCACUCAGCACAAUUUGCGGUUCUGUAUUUGCCAAAGCGAACUCCGUAUGCAAUCCAAUUGUUUAUGGUCUCAGUCAUCCCAAAUACCGACAAGUACUGCGCGAGAAGAUUCCAUGCUUGGCUUGUGGAAAAGACGACAUGGCGUCCGAAGUACGUACACAAGCCACUGCGGAGAUUAGCGAAUCGGCGGCUUAAGUACGCGACUCAGUUAUGGAACCAAAAGUACAAUAAUCAGCAUGUCCGGAAUAGGACAAUGACGUUGAUGACUCAUAUUUAUAUUACUUUACUUAUACAACACAGGAAUCCUAGCGCGGAUUCCAUGGUAACAUAGCCACACAGAGCAAAGUAGAACUGCAACGACAAAAAUACGAAAAAAAAAAAUAAUUAAAAGCAAAAAAUAUUUGAAAAAAAAAAUCGAAAAAUAACAAGCAAAGUACAAGUGAAAGAGAGGAUAAGAUAAGGCGACUGAGAUUUGUGUGACAGCUAAAAAUCAAUAUUCUUAGAAAAAUAAUUCAUUUUGAGUACAAUGCUUUGGCGUGACCAAAUAUUCUAACUGUUUUACUAUAACUCUAUAUUUAUAUGUAUUAAAGUUGUCAUUCAAAAUACUCGUCGCCAACACUUCUCUCUAUCGGCUACAAAUGUACUCAAGUGAUUCCUCUCUCUCUCUCCUCUCUUCAAUGUUUUAUUUAAUUUAACAGCAAAUUUAGACCAAACUAGCUAAUUAUAAUUACUGUAAUAUUUUAAAGUACUGCAACAAAAAAAAUUCAAAAAAAAAAAAUAUAACGAAAUGAAAAUAU